AUGGUUCUUAUCCUCACAGCUGUAUUUGCUCUAUUGAGACUUCAACACGACUUCCAGGCGAGUAUGAGAACGUUGCUGCUUGUGGUGGUGGCGCUGCAAGUCGCAAUUACAAGUGCGACCACAGCGCUAACUGACCCAGCACUCGCACCGUUCUACGACACCGUCGGACUGGCCUGCAACAAGCGCGCAGACUGUGGCUACGUCCCAGCACUGGCCUGCAUCGAAGGCAAGUGCGAGUACUGCCGACCGACUGCUCAUGACUGUAAUGGACACCCUAAAGACGUUGGCUACGUCUGCCAAGUUAUUGAGGUGCUGAACGAAGCUACGGGCGAGAAGGAGGCACAGCAAGGACUGACAUCCACUGGAGACACAGUUGACGCUGCUUACUGCGUGGAGAAGAACCUAUUCGGGCCGUUCACAUACAAGGAUCUACUCACAACGCUGGUCGCGUUUACGUGCACGGCAUUGGGCGCUGGCGGCGGCGUUGGUGGUGGAGGACUACUUGUGCCGAUGUACAUCCUCGGAGGGUUGAACCCAAAGCAUGCUAUACCGCUAUCAAAGGUGACGAUUUUUGGCAGUGCAGUGGCGAUGUAUGCCGUCCAUUUCCGGCGCAAGCAUCCAUUGAACAGGAAUCGCCCUCUCAUUGACUUUGGCUUGGUGGGACUCAUGGAACCCACGACGCUUAUGGGCACGGUAUUUGGUGUGAUGCUCAACCAUAUUUUCCCGAAUUGGUUGAUUCUCGUGUUGUUGGUGACGCUGCUCUCGUUCAUCACUUAUAAGACUUUUUUGAAGGGCAAAAAGAUUCAAGAGAAGGAGUCGAAGUCCAAGUUGGCACUCAUCAAAAACACACUGACAGGCGGUCCCAAUGGUGGUGGCCGGGGUCGUCGAUGGUCAAUCUAUCAGCGGUUCGACGUGGAGAUAGCUGCUCGUCGGUGGCUCGAGAAGACUCGUCGUAGUCGUAAAACGCGUCUGAUUCGCGAAGAAGACGAGAAAGAUUUCCAAUCUCUACCACCAAUUAUUGAAAGAAAGCCGACCAGCUCCGACCCUCUCCUCGGUGACAAUCGUCGAUUCGGCACAUUCCCGUCCGAUGACGAUGAAAAGACUCAGCGACGUGGAACUGUUGAACGUCGCGAUGCCCGAGUGCUGCCUUUCGAGUUCGUCUGGCCACUGGUGGUUUCCUGGCUUAUCAUUCUGGUUCAGGCAUUUCUUCGUGGUGGUCAUGGCGCUCCUAGUGCUAUCGGUGUGACUUGCAAUUCCUCGGCAUACUGGGCUAUUACGCUGCUGCCCCUCACAGUUCUCGCUGGAAUAUCACUGUACAUCGGGUAUCGUCUUCGGUUGAUGAAUCGCUUUAAAGUUCUUAGCAAUUAUCCGUUCGUUGACGGCGAUAUGCAUUGGGUCAAGCGCCGCGUGCUGAUGUUCCCAGCUGUAUGCACCACUGCGGGUGUAGCUGCUGGUUUGCUUGGUAUCGGCGGUGGGAUGGUCAAAGGUCCCCUUAUGCUGGAGGCUGGUGUGCUUCCAGCUGUGCAGACGGCCACAGCCAGUUUCAUGAUCCUCUUCACAGCAUCGUCCACGACGCUGCAGUUCGCUAUCAACGGUCAAUUCCCGGGUGAAUUGCAGUUCGACUACAUGGCGUGGUUUGCGUUUGUUGGGUUUGUUGGUGGGUUCUGCGGGUUGAAAUGUGUCGGAUACUUUGUGAAGAAGUACAAACGCGAAUCGAUCAUGGUGUACAUGUUAGCGACGACGAUCGGGUUGUCGGCGUUAGCCAUGGGGUUUAUCGGACUUAGAUCGACGCUAGCAGAUAUCGAAAGUGGGGUACAUCUCGGCUUUCACGGCAUUUGUGACAAUGAGUAA